GACCCGGAGCAGAGGCUGUGGGAGGCUGAGUGCGGGGAGCGAGCCCUGCAGGGCUGCCUGGUCCGCCUGGAGGAGCAGAACCGACAGCUCGCGGAGAGCCAGUCCCAGGAAGGUAGCACAGCGCGGAAGGAGCGGGAGGUGAUGCUGAGGCUGAAGGAGGUGGUGGACAAGCAGAGGGAUGAGCUUCGUGCCCAGGCUCACGAGAUCAUCUGCAAGAGCCGGGACACGGAGGCGCUGCAGGAGCAACUGCACCGCUUCAUGGCCAUGAACGAGGAGCUGCGUCACAAGGUGGCCGUGGUGCAGGCUCAGCUCAAGAGCGCCCUGGAGAAGAAGUCGGACCUGGAGGCUGCCAUGCUGCAGACCCAGAGGGAAAUGAGCAGGAGGAGCAGGGCCACCUCUGAGAGUCAGCAGCCAAAGCCCAGCCUGGUGAGUCUGACCUUUGUGUGGAGGCUUCGGGGUCUCUGCUUGCCCGCUGACUCCCUUUCUGCCCCCCAGGAAGAAGCAGCAUCGCCCAUGGAGGAGCCCCAGCACCAAGGUUCAGAUGUGGGCAGCAGCCCUGCUCACUGCUGCUUCUCCAAGGAAGAGCUGCAGCAGAUCCUGCAGGAGCGGAACGAGCUCAAGACCAACCUGUUCCUGGUGCAGGAGGAGCUGGCUUAUUACCAGCGGGAGCUGCUGAACGAAAAGAGAGUUCCCAGCUUCUUCUUGGAUGCAAUGAAGUCAAAUAUCAAAAGACAGAGAAAAAAAAUCAGAGCUAAAAUGCUGGGAACGACGGAGGAGUCGGCGAGCAGCGGUGACGAGGAGGGCUCCUGGCUCCCAGCCCGCGGCGCAGGCUGCGCGGAUCCUCAGCCUCCCGAAUCCAACAUCAGGAGCUU